UAUCAAGAAGACAGCCGCCAUCUUACUAUUUAAAGUACAUUCAGAUACACAUCUUAAAUAAUGGAUCCCCACACCAGUGCCCAGGACGUGAUGCGAUGUGACCUGUGUGAGACCGCUGUGGUACAGAUGCACUGUGAUACAUGCUUUGUCAACCUGUGUAAGGCCUGUGUGGGAGAACACAUUUCUGCUGAUCUCUCAAAACCUCAUAAAAUUGUUGAUUUCAAGGAUAGAAAAUCCACUCCUCUCUAUCCUGGAUGUACAACCCAUUUUAAAGAAAGAUGUCAGAUGUACUGUAAACAAUGUGUCAUUUCUGUCUGCACUAAGUGCAUUGUAUCUGAUGAACAUCUAGGUCAUAAAUUAUCAGAAAUAGGUCAAAUUAUUGAUGAAAAAAGGAACAGCAUCGUUCAAGAACAAACUGAAUUAAAUGAAGCAAUUUAUCCAACUUACAAGGGCAUUGCCUCUGAUGUACAAAACAGAAUGAGUCAGUUAGAAAAGAAAUUUGAAGAUCUUUCAGCAUCCAUUACAAAACAUGGAGAGGUCUGGCACAUAGAAAUUGACAUUAUUGUCAAGAACCUUAAAGCUGUAGUUGACAAGCUGAAAAACAAACAAUUAGAAACACUUCAGAAACAACUGAAUGAAACGGAACAGAAAAUUUCUAAAAUUGGGGAAGAAAUUAAAUUACUUGAGAAUGCCAUAGACUCUAAAGACAUUUCCAAACUCCUUAGCUUUAAAUCCAACUUAGAUGAAUAUAGAGAACUUCCACAAAAAAUUAUGCCUUCUUUACCCGUUUUCUCGCCAAAAAGAAUCCAAGGAGAUCAAAUUCGUAAAUUGUUUGGAGUUUUAACAUCACAUUCAUUAACUUCAGAUAAACAUGGAUACAGCUUAAAGAUAAAUCAAAAAUCAACAGAAGCUGGAUCCUCCCCACCAGUCAAACGUCUGCUGGAUAAACCGGAGACUGUCACUACCAUAGACACUGGGUAUAGAACUAGCCUUUACAAUGUGGCCUGUCAGUGUGAUGAACAAAUCUGGACAAGUGGAGAUGACAACACCAUGAAACUCUUCAGCAUUAAUCUUAGCUCAGUACUGAAGUCAAUCAGAACCAAUUUGUCACCCUUCUUUCAAGCUGACAUAGCAGUGACAAAAAGUGGAGAUCUAGUUUACACUGAUCAUAAUGAUAGAACUGUGAACAUUGUGAAAAAUGAGAAGACAGAGAAGGUGAUCAGACAACUGAAGUUGAAACCUGAUGGUAUCUGCAGCACCUUCUCUGGUGAUCUGCUAGUUAUUAUGAACAGUGGUGAUUACAAAGAAUCAAUAGUUGUCCGUUUUUCUGGUUCCACAGAGAAACAAACCAUUCAGUUUGAUGAUACAGGUAAACCUAUCUAUUCCUCUGGUUUUUAUCACAGGCAUAUAAUUGAGAACAGGAACCUGGAUAUCUGUGUAGCUGACAGUAAAGCUGUAGUGGUGGUCAAUCAGGCUGGGAAAAUGAGAUUCAGGUACACUGGACAUAAUCCUGCUCCAAAGAACAACCCAUUCAGUCCACGAGGAAUCACCACAGACAGUCAGAGUCACAUCCUUACAGCUGAUUAUUACAAUGACUGUGUCCACAUCAUAGACCAGGAUGGACAGUUCCUUCGUUACAUAGACUGCGGACUGAGUAAUCCGCAUGGACUGUGUACGGAUGCAAAUGACAAUCUGUUUGUUGCUGAAUGUACAAACAAACAAGUGAAGAAAAUCAAAUACAUGUAAUUAGUGUUUGGACAUACUACUAUAUUUUUGUCAUAGUUUUUAAAGGGGCAGGGACACAGAUUUGAAGCUCAUAUUUUCUAUAAAAAAAAAAAAAAAAAAAAAAAAAAAAAAAAUUAAUAUAAUCAUGACUUAUAUGUUGCUAAAGUAUUUCACACCGAAAUAUAUUAAAAGCGUGUUUAGAAACUUCUUUUAUCUGGAAAUUAUUAAAACUACGAAUUUCGGGAAGCGUUUGAUUGACACACAUCGUUGCACUUUCACGAAGUAAAUCUUAUCCUUAAUAUAUGUAUUGUGUAUUAAUGAAAAAUAUUAAAACUACAAUCCAGAAAGUUCAGAGUAGAAAUGCCAGAAAGCAAUACCAACUCACCGGUAUUGUUAGUCCGUGCUCAGUGAUGUGUGCAGACCAAACAAAUUGAACACACCCUGUAAAACUUAAACACCAACAAUAACAGAGCUCGUGCCCUGUUUACAAACACAGGUGUUUGACUUGAAGUUAUGAAGAAUGUCGUUGUCAUUGAAUUCUAAGAAUAUUCAUGUAAGAUCAAUUCAUUAAACUGAAGUUAUUUUUUGGAUAAAAAUAGAAAUUUAAAAUGUAAUUAAUGCAACUGUGUCCAGGCCCCUUUAAUCAGUUGAUGCAUUCACAAGUCUACACUAUCACUGCACAGAUUUUAAGUGUAAGACUUAGAAUAAAUGUAUCAAUAUUACAUGAAUAACUGACGGAUUUUCCUAUAUUUUGUUGUAGAAAACUUACCUUCUUUUUAAAACUAUAGAUGUUAUUGAUGAAAUUCACGAAGGCUUUGGGUGUUUGUUGUAAAUGAUAUUAAAAACUUGUACAUUUGA